AUGGACCCAGUUAAGUAUAUCUUCGAGAAGCCUGCUCUAACAGGUAGAGUAGCCAGUUGGCAAAUUCCUUUAACUGAGUACGACAUCCAACAUGUCACUCAAAAAGCUAUCAAAGGGAGUGUGAUGUCAGACUAUCUUGCACAUCAACCUUUGGAGGACUACCAGUCUAUGCAUUUUGAAUUUCCUAAUGAGGGCAUCAUGUUGAUAAGAGACUGCAAUAUACCCAGACCUGAGGAAGUACUCGAACAUGGAUCUCGGUGGACUCUUGUAUUCGAUGGAGCUUCUAACUCUCACGACAAUGGCAUUGGGGAGGUCAUCCCCUCCUCAAAUGGUUUUCAUUUACCCUUCACUGCAGGGUUGUGUUUCGAAUGCACCAACAAUAUGGCAGAAUACGAGGUUUUUUUCUUCGGCAUUGAAACUGCGAUUGAUCUUAGGAUCAAAAUUCUUGAAGUUUAUGGAGAUUUAGCCUUGGUCAUCAACCAAGUCAAAGGGGACUGGGAAUCUCGAGAUCACAAGCUAAUCCCUUACAAGGAACAUGUCUUGAAGCUGACCCCAUGCUUUGAUGAGAUUACAUUCAACCACAUCCCUAGAAAGGAAAAUCAGUUGGUCGACGCCCUAGAAACCUUGUCAUCCAUGUUUAAGGUCAAAUGGAAAAAUGAAGCACUAACUUUCCACCUUGACUACUUCGACGAGCCUGCCCACUAUUUGGCAGUAGAAGACGAAGCUGACGGUCAUCCUUGGUUUUACGACAUCAUGAAAUUCUUGGAAAGCCAAGAGUACCCUGAGAAUGCAUCCAUCACCGACAAGAAGUAUCUUCGAAAGCUUUCAUCCAAGUUCUUCUUAAGCGGAGGGGUAUUAUACAAGAGGAAUUAUGAUUCGGUUUUGCUUAGAUGUGUAAACAAGUAG